AUGAGCAUAGAUGCACUUUCCCCGUUGGUUGCCUGUGCAGCACGGGCUGCCGUGAAGAACGGUGAAACAAGAACGAUAGAGAGCUCCCUCGAUGACCUGCAGCAGCAAAUGUUUGGUAUUGAGGAGGGAUCGCACGAGGUGGCCACGGAGAUGAUGUUGAAGCGCAUACGUGAAACUCAGGUACUCUUAGCCCAAGACUCAGCAUCUGGCAAGAGCAACCUGACCACUGAGCGGCUAUUGUUAGAGGCGGUGUCGACGCUUGGUGAGCUGCUGCUCAGCGCCGCUGCCGGGCAAAGGUUGCGCACCAAGACAGCGAAGCAGAUGGAGGACGUUAUUCUUCCCAUCCUGUUUCUGCGUACGAGCGUGACGCCGUCGCUGCUGAAGGCGCACGCACUGAAGGUAGCGUGGUCAAGGUUCGAAUGCAGCGGGAAGACUAACAAUGAGGCGAGGGAUAGAUUGCGGCACAUUUUCGUGUUGUGGUACCGCAAUCACGGUUGGGACUUUGCACGGAGCAGCGGCAACGGCGUCGACGUAUGCACGCCUACACCCACUCCUCACGAAGGAGCCGACAACGCAAAAUCUAACGUUGAAGAAAAAAACGCCUGCUGCUCACUGCCGGUGCAUCCGAAACAGCAGCGUGUGAUGCUGCGCGAGAUUUCGUGGAAUGCGGCAGCGCGGAAAGUCACAACAAGCGGCAUCCCGUCCUAUUUGCUCACCAAACGGAGACGCUGCGACUCCACUUAUCAGUGCGACAGCCUCGCCUCCGCGCGCGCUGAAGGGGGAGCUCGAAACUGCUUUCCGGCCGCAGCACAGCCGCCAUCACCUACAGCCACAGAUAAAGCCACAUGCCAGAUCAAUCCAAGGAUUCUCGCGUUGGAUUCCCCGGUGAAGCGGCGCAGACGGAAUUUGACUGUUGAUGUACCGCCCUCACCCGACCGCCCAGAGUGA